CUGAGGAGGCGGCAGCGCCCGCCCCGCCCCGCCUCGCCUCGCCUCCACCCUCCUGUGCCGCGGGCCGCCCGGCCAUGUAGACGGGGCGGCGCGGCCGGCCUUCCCCUCGCAGCCGCCCCGCAGCCGGCAGGCGCCAUGGAGGACGUCGGCUCGAGCGUGAACGCGGACGCGGAGGUGCGGAAGCUACAGGAGCUGGUGAAGAAGCUGGAGAAGCAGAACGAGCAGCUUCGCAGCCGCCACGGCGCCCUGCCCGCCGCCCCCGGUAGCCCCAAGCGCCUCCUCAGCGGCGGGGCUUCACCAUCGCCCCCCGCCGCCGCCGCCGCCUCCCCCCCUCCGUCCGACGGCCGCUGCCUCAGCCCCAGGGCCGCGGCGCGGCGGCCGCCCCCCGAGGAGCCCGGGGGCGGUGAGGGCGACGGCCUGCUGGACGACGCGGCGCCGCUCCGGCCUGACGAGCUGGAGCGCCUGGCCGGCUGCGAGGAGGACGAGACCGGCUGGUUAUAUACAUCUCCAAAGAAGAGACUGACUCCAAUGCAAAAAUGUGUCAGCCCAUUAGUUUGGUGCAGGCAGGUGUUGGAUUACCCAAGUCCUGACAUUGAAUGUGCUAAAAAGUCCCUUAUCCACAGGCUGGAACAGACAAUGUCAGCCAUGAAGAGACAGAGUUUGUACAAUAGCCCUUUCAGCGCAGUCAGUUAUGCCAGCUCCUAUAGUCCAAAUACCAGUAGCCCCUACAGCAGUGGUUUCAACUCUCCCUCCUCAACACCAGUGAAAUCUGCUUUAGUGAAACAGUUUGUAUCUCCGGGUACCUCAGGUCAUCUUAAAAGCUCAGCUGAUAGGAAUCCUCCGCUAAGUCCACAGUCCUCUGUGGACAGUGAAUUAAGUGCAUCAGAGAUGGAUGAAGACUCUAUUGGGUCUAAUUACAAGCUAAAUGAUGUUACAGAUGUGCAAAUUCUAGCACGAAUGCAGGAAGAAAGCCUCCGGCAAGAGUAUGCAGCAACUGCAUCUCGGCGUAGUUCUGGUUCUUCCUGCAAUUCUACGAGGCGAGGCACAUACAGUGACCAGGAGCUUGAUGCACAGAGUUUAGAAGAUGAAGAAGAUGGCACACAUCACACAGUGCACCCUGCUGUUAGCAGGUUCUCACCGUCACCUCGUAGUUCUCCCUGGCCUUCACCAAAACAGUCUCCAAGGAAUUCUCCUCGUUCCCGAUCACCUGCUCGAAGUAUAGAGUACAGCAGAGUGUCACCCCAACCUAUGAUUAGCCGUUUACAGCAACCUCGUCUUUCACUUCAAGGCCAUCCUACAGAUAUGCAGACCAGUAAUGUCAAAAGUGAAGAAAAACUAAGGCGUAGUCUUCCAAACCUAUCCAGGACAUCUAACAUCCAAGCUGAGUCUGUGAAAAACAGCAGAAGUGACUCAAACUUCCAAGUGCCAAAUGGAGGAAUACCUCGCAUUCAACCUCAAGCCUCAGCCACUCUGCAAAGGCAGAAAAAUUUGCCUCGCGCUGCCUUCAAAACCAAACAGUUUCUUCAAACUCCAUCUGCAAAAGGAGUACCUUCUUCAAGUAAAUUCCGCUCACCUGCAGCACCAUCUCCCCUAGCUCUCCGACAGCCGCUGAAAGCAUUUAGUAACCACGGACCUGGUUCUGUUGCUCCUCUGGAAGCCACGCAGCUGACUCACAGCAGUUCUUCCCCGGGGCCUCUUGCAGCUCAGAGCUCAGGCUUGCCCAGCCCUGCCAGCAGCGUUAACAGCACCACCCUCACCAGGCCGGCGGGGACAGCGGGGAUGAGGAGUAGUUUGCCCAGACCCAGCGCCCCUUCCUCAGGGGGCAUCCCAGUGCCUCGUAGCAAACUUGCACAGCCUGUUCGAAGAUCGUUACCUGCUCCCAAAACCUACAGCAACGUGAAAGACGAGAGUUGGAAAGACGGCUGCUAUUGAACUGCAGAGCUUCAUGCAAAGUUCCAGUGCUCAUGGAUGCUUCCUCACCAGGCUAACACACAGCUUGAUUCUACAGACUGUUCAGAUGUGACUUUUGGGAUUUGUAAAAAUUCCAGACCUCUCUGUCUCUAAUUAGCACAAACUGGCAGAGAUUAUAAAGCAGCACUUUAAUGACAUCUAACAUCAGAUGUUUGGUGGUCAUACAAUCACUUUCACAUUAAAUUGCUCUCAGUUACGUUUUGUGGGUUUCUUUUUCUUGCUUGCUAAAAAUGGGUCAAUUUGAGCAUUUAUAAUAGUGGCCAAUGUCUGGGCAAAAACCUAAUGAAUGCCAAAGAAAUGCCCAUCUUGAAAAACAGCAAGUACAACAGUCACUUAAAAUUUCCCAAACUUUGCUUUCAACCUAUUUUAAUUCAACAGAAAGGUUGGGAAAUAUGUACUAUUGAAACAAGACUACGUUAAUAUUCUGAUUGACUGCUACAGUGCUACUGAAACACUGCUGUUAACCAUUGAAUGAGAUUCUUGUUGGGGAAAGUGGUACAUACAUCCCUCAGGAAGAAUCAGAAGCUACUCUGGAAGAUGAGGCAGAACAGUAAGGAGUAGCCGUGGCUUUUAUUAACAUUAAAGGUUUGAAUGUAGCAGACGUACACAAAUGCAAUAGUAUAAAUUGCAUCUUUCCUGUGUUGAUUUAUCAGCUUUACAUGCUCAUAUUGCUUGACUGCCAAAAGGGCUUAGUAUCAGUUGUACAAUCUUUCUGACCUUAAAGUUCCUGGCUCAGGAAAGAUGGCCUUUGCUGUUGUAGCCACAUUUUUAACACAUUACUCAACUAUUUGGGGAAAACUUUUUUUAUAGCAGGUUUCCUUAAGAAGGAAGAAGCAAGUAGUAACAUUCAUUCGUUCUAAUACCGUACCACUACGCUUGCAGCCUGGAACACAACUGUAAAUGCUGAUAGCAGAGGGGAAGGAAACACAACUAUGCACUUGUAACAUACAAAUUUUAAGGUAAUGAGUUGACUCUUGAUGCCAAAUGAUAUUCAUUUAGGUGAUGUUCCAUGGUAUGAGGGAGUUUUCUGUAUCCUAUUUUUUUACUUUCAUCCAUUUCUUAAAUUGGUUUAUUUUAAAUUGUAAAUAUUUUUACAGAAGAUAUUUCCCAUGUAAGUGUGUUUUAAAUAUGUACUUUGCCUUACAUAUGUGUAUCUUACAUUACUGGUAAUAGAGUAUGAAACCUGCUAUGUCUGUUUACAAGCUCUUAAAUUUC